AUGUGGGUUGUUAUUAUUUUCAUCGUGGAACCAAGGGCUUCAUUUCUCUUCAGUGAUCAUUUGCCCGCGUUCCAGUAUAGGAUAUUCGGUCUCCGGUCGCCGUCGAGUGCGUUCGGCAAGUUCGAAAUUCGAAAUACGAAUUUUGUAAAAUCGCGUGUCGAGGGAAACACGUGUUUCUGCCAAAAAGAGGCGGGUGUGACAGACCCCGAGGGAGAUUCUAAAAGACAAGAACAGUACAGCACCACCCUGGCGCCUCACGACGUCCCCGAUAUGAUGGUUGACAUAGUCAUACCAUCGCUACUCAUAGCUGCGCUGUUCGUCGGCAACGCAUUAAUCGUACUCAUCAUAUACAAGUACAGGAAAAGGAAAGAAGGCGAUGAUGUCGAAGAUGAGUUCAACACCAUUCCACUGAGUGUGAACGGCAAUGUUCAUAGUGCGGGCAACGCUGUGUAG